CUAAUUCAUUUCCCUAUCUAAUUUUUUAGCAUUCCAUGAAAUUCUUUUUCUUUUCUUUUAAUAAACACCUUCACAGAUCAUCUCCAUGUUCAGUUAUCUAUCACCAUUAAAAAAGAUUAACGUCAUCUGUUUCUUGAUCUCUAAGAGAUAUUAUAAAAAGAGUAAGCGUUUAUUUUUUCCCUUGUCUCUCUCACUCUUGAUCUCUCCUCCUAAAAUACAACUAAACAACUCCAAUCAACACCUAUAUUUAAAUAAUAGUAUUACUACCAAUUUCUUUCUAACUCAGAUUCCUAGAUAUUCAUUUUCAUCUUUUUCGAUCUUCCAACUUUCUACUAAGUCCAAAACAACAACAACCAAGUUUCAAUCAAUCUUUUUCCAGCUAUGGCUUCUCUUGGAUUGGCACAACGUAUCAGAAUUGGACAUGAUGGUAAUUCGGGUACUCUAUUCCCUAUGAUGGGUCGGGUUAAUUUGGGUAGAAGACGAGUUGGGUUGAGAGUUAUGGCUUCAGAGGGUCAUCAGUCUUCUGUGGAACCUGAUCUUAGUGUUACUGUUAACGGGUUGAAAAUGCCUAACCCGUUUGUUAUCGGGUCGGGUCCUCCUGGGACUAAUUAUACUGUCAUGAAGAGAGCCUUUGAUGAAGGAUGGGGUGCUGUUAUUGCCAAAACGGUGUCUUUGGAAGCCGAUAAAGUUAAAAAUGUGACCCCAAGAUAUGCUAAACUAAGAGCAGAUGCAAAUGGUUCUGCCAAAGGACAAAUUAUUGGGUGGCAGAAUAUUGAGCUCAUUAGUGAUCGGCCUCUUGAAACAAUGCUGAAAGAGUUCAGGCAGUUGAAAGAAGAGUAUCCAGAGAGGAUACUUAUUGCUUCUAUCAUGGAAGAGUACAACAAAGCUGCAUGGGAGGAACUUAUUUACAGAGUUGAAGAAACUGGAAUUGAUGCCAUUGAAAUCAACUUCUCAUGCCCCCAUGGUAUGCCAGAACGUAGAAUGGGUGCUGCUGUUGGUCAAGAUUGUGAUCUCUUGGAGGAGGUCUGUGGAUGGAUUAAUGCUGUAGCCACAGUUCCAGUAUGGGCAAAGAUGACGCCGAAUAUCACUGACAUCACAAAGCCGGCUAGGGUGUCUCUUAACAAAGGAUGCGAGGGAGUAUCUGCUAUAAAUACGAUCAUGAGUGUUAUGGGAAUCAAUCUUGACACCUUAAGGCCCGAGCCUUGUGUUGAGGGAUAUUCUACUCCUGGAGGCUACUCAUCGAAGGCAGUGCACCCAAUUGCCCUUGCAAAAGUAAUGAACAUUGCACGGAUGAUGAAGUCAGAAUUUGGAGAUAAGGACCUUUCACUUUCUGCUAUUGGGGGAGUCGAGACAGGUGGUGAUGCCGCUGAGUUUAUUCUCCUCGGAGCAAAUACUGUACAGGUUUGUACCGGUGUUAUGAUGCAUGGAUAUGGACUUGUGAAAACGUUGUGCUCUGAGCUGAAAGAUUUCAUGAGAAAGCACAAUUUUUCAUCAAUAGAAGAUUUCAGAGGAACAUCACUUGAUUAUUUCACAACGCACACGGAUUUGGUGAGAAGGCAGCAAGAAGCAAUACGUCAAAGGAAAGCGGUUAAGAAAGGGUUGCAAUCAGACAAAGACUGGACAGGAGAUGGUUUUGUGCAAGAAACUGAAAGCAUGGUUUCCAACUAGACUUGUAAACCUCUUCUAAAUGCACCUUGCAUCUCAUAUUGUAGAUCAUGAAUAAAUCAAUCAUUUUCAUAUAUAUCUGACUGGAUUGGUGUACAGUGACUUUUAUCUCUUUUAACUUUGAUUCAAAAUAAUUAUUGUUGCUUAUGAUUA